AUGCAACAUCCUCAUGCAUUUGAGUGUGUAGAUAGAAGCUUGCGUGAUAUUAUGUUUGUAGUUGACUCGAAUCGUUCGAAUAGACCAUUUGGUGGAAUAACUGUUGUAUUUGGAGGAGACUAUCGUCAAAUUUUACCUGUCAUCCCGAAGGCUCCAAGAGCAGUUGUAGUUGGUGCAGCUUUUAAUCGUUCCAGGUUGUGGGAUGAGUGUGAAGUCUUCACCUUAAAACAAAAUAUGAGGUUGACAUCUGUUAAUUCUCUUCAACAAAAUCAAAAGAUCAAAGAGUUUAGUGAUUGGCAGUUAAAGAUUGGUAAUGGAAAGAUCGAAGGUGUUUCACAGCAGCCUUAUAGUUCUGAGGUUUCUUUUCAGAUCCCAAGCAGGUUUGUAUUGCAUUCUGCGGAUGAUCAUGUUAAAGCAAUUUUUGACAGAAUUCACCCGGAUUUCUCCAACAAAAUGAGUUGUCACGAGUACCUCAGGUCUAGAGCUAUUUUGACACCUACGAACCUAAUCAUUGACGAUAUAAAUGAAUUUAUCUUGGACAAGAUACCAAGAAAAACCCAUACCUAUUUCAGCCAGGAUUCUAUAGAAGACAAGGGAGUCAAAAAAAAUGAUUUUGACGAGUCCUUCCCAGUCGAGUACUUAAAUUCUCUAAACAUACCUUGCCUUCCUAAGCACGAGCUUAAAAUAAAAACAGGAGUAGUUGUCAUGAUGAUGCGUAACCUCAACCAAAUACUUGGUCUCUGUAAUGGUACUCGGCUUGUGGUCACAGCUUGCCGCAAGAACAGUAUUGAGUGUGAGAUACUUUGUGGUACAGAUGUUGGGAGACGACAUUUAAUACCACGGAUCAACAUGAUACCAACGGAUACAGCUUGGCCUAUUGGUUUCAAAAGGACUCAGUUCCCACUGCAAAUUUGUUAUUCAAUGACAAUAAACAAGAGCCAAGGUCAGUCUCUUAACACCGUUGGUCUGUAUCUUCCGCGUUCUGUUUUUUCACAUGGUCAAUUCUACGUUGCAAUAUCACGUGUUACUUCACCAGACGGCUUAUGGAUAUUGAUUUAUGGUGAUGAUGGAGCAACCUCUGAUAAGACUGUCAAUGUAGUUUUCGAGGAAGUUUUUUAUAAUAUACCUGAUAUGGAUUACUAG